AUGGGCGAAGACGCAGAGUCCUCUCCGCGUGCUCACUCUUCCUCCUUCCGCCCAACCUAUACUCGCGAACAACUCGCCACCUAUGUCUCGAAGCACAUAGCUCCUUCACCAUCGUACUCACUCGAAACACUCGAGGCCGAGAUUCAAGCCGAUCCGCUUGCCGCGCUUGGGACUCUUCAACUCCGCCAAAUGGCAUUCAACCCCUGGGGCAACCUCGCGCUACAUUACUCCUGGCACCGCACCAUAACCCUGGACUCCGACGCUUUGUACCACAAGAUUGUAGAGAGGGGCCUAGGGGGGUAUUGUAUGGAGAACAAUGCGUUCUUCUCAACCAUCUUGAGAAGCCUGGGGUAUCAGCUCUAUGUUACUGGAGCGAGAGUCAGUCACUCCCUGGACGGAGACAAGGACGACCCGGGGUUCGCGGGAUGGCAGCACGAAGUCAUCAUCGUGACCAUUGACGGUCAGAAGUACUUGGUCGACGUCGGUUUCGGCUCUACCUCUCCGCUGCACCCCAUUCCGCUGGACCACAAGUCAAACAAGGUCUACAACUCCGUCCCUGGUGCCGAGAUCCGACUGGUGUACCGCCCGAUAGCGUCGAACACGGACCAAUCCCAACACCUCUGGGUUCUCGAGUCCCGUAACAAAUCCUACCCUCAAUGGCAAGGCUGUUACUGCUUCAACACCCUAGAAUGGCUCCCCUCUGACUUCGAGAUAAUAAACUAUCGCACGUCACAGGAUCCUGCUUCCUGGUUCACCCAUCGUCUCGUCAUGGUGAAGAUCCUCGUUGACGACGAAACGAGAACGAAAGCCACAGGGACGGUCAUUUUGGGUGGCGAGAAGAUCGAGCGGAGGUUGGGAGAGGCUCCGAAAGAGGUUGUGGUGGAGGCCAAGAGUGAAAGUGAGAGAGUGGAGGGGUUAAAGACCUGGUUCGGCAUUGCUCUGAACCCGGACGAGGUGAGAGGUAUAAGGGGCACGGCGACGGAGAUUAGGAAGCCGCCCACUGUAUGA